AUGGCGAUCGAGUUCGCGGUCGUCGCCGACGACACCCGAGCAGUAGAGAUCGAGGUCCUGGAGGUGUCGAAGAAGGUGUACUACGCGCGGUACGUCGUGAUCGCGACGGCGUUUAACCGGCCGCAGAUGAACGCGAUUUGCGCGAAACUGCGAGACGUGGCGAACGACGAGUACGGGAUGUCGGUGCCGAAAAGCGCGUCGCAACAAGGGGAUUGGGCGUGCUUAGACUGCUAUGACGUCGUCGUGCACGUGUUCUCGCCGCAGUCGAGGACGCAUUACGACCUGGACGGGUUGUACAGGGGGGCGGAGAAGGUGGCGCUCCCCUUUGUCACGGAGACGCGAGGCGGGAGAGAGGACGAGUUCGAAUACGUCGAGGACGACGAGGAGGAUCUCGAGGAGGAUGAGUUUGAGCUUUUUGAAUAG